AUGCUGCAGUUUUUCCGGCUACACCGCCGACGUUAUGCCAGGUACGGUGAACUGGAAGACGUGGAGGCCAUCCUCUCGAGCGGGGUCGACGCGAACCACCAGGACGCCCACGGGAACACCGCGUUGCACUUGUCCUGCGCUAACGGACACGCGGACGUCAUCAGGGCGCUCAUCAAGGCGGGCGCGAGUCACCUGCCCAAUGGAGCCGGCAACAGACCGCUGCAGUGGGCCGUGCAGAACAAGCACGACGCGUGCGUCAAACUUCUCAUGGAACUGUACCCGGAGUCCUCCCAGAUGAACGUCCUCGACACGAACGGCUUCGGCAAGAGCGCGCUAUCCGACGCUUUCAAGACCGGCGACGCGGAGAUGGUGAAGAUGGUGCUCAACCACAAGUCCGCGGAGGAGGACAUCCUCCUGCAGCAGUCCAGCCUGUCCAAGGAUAAGAGCAAAAUGAAGAAGGAAGGGAUCUCUUCGAAGCCGGUCAACAGCAAGAAGGGCGACGCCGGACACGAAGAAGACGAUGGCGGCAGCGGCGAUGGCCCGAGCAUUACCCACGAGCUGGGGUUUGGCAUCGGCGAGGGGGAAGCAGUGACGUCAUCAUCAGGCUCGGCAGGCGGCGACAACGACGACGACGACGAGGAUGACGAAGAGACGCGGAGGAGGAGGAGAGGGGUGCGCUUCCUCUUGCGCGAGCUCGCGAUCCGGAACCCGGACGAGUGCUUCGGGGACGACGCGAGGGAGGACACGACGGGCCUCAACCUGUGGGCCGCCGCCGUCGUGCUGGCCCGGUGGGUCGCGAGCCCGGCGAUCGUCUCGCGGCUCGACGGGAAGACGGUGCUGGAGCUGGGGGCCGGCUGCGGCGCGGGGGGAAUUUCGGCCGCUGUGCACGGGAGCCCGGCUUCAAUGCUGAUCACAGACCUCAACGCCGAAACGAUGGCGAACCUGGGCCACAACAUCGAGCUCAACCGCCAUCGAUAUCCAGCGGGAACGGAGGUUCGUGCGGUGAAGCUUGACUGGGGGGACGAGUCCACGUGGGAAGAGGCCAAGCCCCCUGUGGACGUGGUCCUCGCGGCCGACGUAGUGUACCAGGCCAGCGAGACGUCGCCGCUGCUGCACGCGAUACUCUCCCUCCUUAAACCCGGAGGCUCGUUCUUCCACGUGGCUCCCGUGAGCGAGAGGGACGGCCUGGAAGGCUUUCUCGCGCGUCUCUGCGGCACCGCGGGUGGGGAGGGGGCUGCCGCGGGCGGCGGCGGAGACAGCGGAUUUGAGCUGGUUUCCGCCACAGACGCGCCCCCCGAGUUCUGCCAAAACCCGUUGCUCUCAGGGUCUCAGGACGAGUACAUGGUGCAUUUCAAUGAGUUGCCGUCGAGCACGUUCCGUCUCCACGAAUUCCGGAAGCGCGCGUGAGUAUGGUGACCUGUCUGUCGCCGGCGCAGGAAGAAUUAGGCCGUCGCGCGAGAGCGUGGAGUUGAACGAACGCCCAUGCGAUUCCCGUUUCCCGCUGGGGGAGUGGCCUUCUUGUUGUUGUGUAGGAAUGGAGCUGUUUGACUUCGUAUUGCGGUUUAUGUCGGGUGUUCUUUGUUGCUCGACUUGAUGAGUAGGAAUGAGUGGGAUGCCGUCGGGUGAGUACCGUAGAAGCGCCACUAUCUUUCGUGGAGGUUCUUUUUCCGGGGAUUAGGGUACUUCGGGCGGCCUUUGGUGUGUUUCCUGCACUUUCUUUGGCCUUCGAAACAAACAAUGUAAGAACCUUUUGGACCGCCACCAAAAAUUGCACUUUUUGUCUU